GAGCCGUGCUCCGGGGCGGGGCGCAGGAGCCCUGGGGCGGAGGAGCCGGGGAGGCGGGAGGCGGGAGGCGGGAGGCGUCGGGGCCGUUGAAGCGGCCUCCCUCCCGCCCCCAGCCACCCGGUCUGGCCCCAGCCCUGUCCCGACCCCCGGCCUGGCCCACUCCGACCCUACCCGGCCGAAGGGUUCCGCUGGACACGCAGGCGGCCUCCGGAGCAGCCGAAGCCCAUGAGGGCCGCGCGCCCGGCCGCCGGUGCUGACGAGACGGAGCUCCUGGCCCCCGAGGAGGAGCAGAGGAUCAAUGCUGUUCAAGAAUCGAUUCCAGCGGUUCAUGAACCAUCGAGCUCCAGCCAAUGGCCGCUACAAGCCAACUUGCUAUGAACAUGCUGCUAACUGUUACACACACGCAUUCCUCAUUGUUCCGGCCAUCGUGGGCAGUGCCCUCCUCCAUCGGCUGUCUGAUGACUGCUGGGAAAAGAUAACAGCAUGGAUUUAUGGAAUGGGACUCUGUGCCCUCUUCAUCGUUUCUACAGUAUUUCACAUUGUAUCGUGGAAAAAGAGCCACUUAAGGACAGUGGAGCAUUGUUUUCACAUGUGUGAUAGAAUGGUUAUCUAUUUCUUCAUUGCUGCUUCUUAUGCUCCAUGGUUAAAUCUUCGUGAACUUGGACCCCUGGCAUCUCACAUGCGUUGGUUUAUCUGGCUCAUGGCAGCUGGAGGAACCAUUUAUGUAUUUCUCUACCAUGAAAAGUAUAAGGUGGUUGAACUCUUUUUCUAUCUCACAAUGGGAUUCUCUCCAGCCUUGGUGGUGACGUCAAUGAACAACACUGAUGGACUUCAGGAACUUGCCUGUGGGGGCUUAAUUUAUUGCUUGGGAGUUGUGUUCUUCAAGAGUGAUGGCAUCAUUCCAUUUGCCCACGCCAUCUGGCACCUGUUUGUGGCCACGGCAGCUGCAGUGCAUUACUACGCCAUUUGGAAAUACCUUUACCGAAGUCCUACAGACUUUAUGCGGCAUUUAUGACCAAUCUGUACUAAGUCUCCAAACCAGUAUUAUUUCAAUUAUGGCACUUGGGAGUGGGGUGAGAGCUGAACAUUGCACAGGGAAAGAAAAAAAAAAUAAGAUAACUGCACUGACUUUCUUUAUAUAUUUUGAAUAUAAUUACUGUGAAAGUAUAAAGGCUGUGUUCUGGAAUUUUCCCCCUCACAGCAAAUAAAUAAGGUAGUGAAUUAAUUAUUCAUUCCAUUCCACUAUCAUGAAGGACUCUGAAUAGACUUGGCCAACUGAUGUUUACAAACUAGAAUUUUGUAUUUUAAUUUUACAGAUUUUACUACAUGAUUUUUCUAAAUUACUAUGUCAGGUUGUAAAAGUCAGUGCAAUAACAAAGCUUCCUUUUUAAGAAGAAAAUUGUUUCUAUCACUUUCCCAUUCAUUAGGUAAAGAAUCAUGGACAGAACUUACACUACUUUUUACCAUGUUUCAUCUUGGCAUAACAUGGUUCUUUUUUAAAUAGAAACUUUAGUUUUUUGUAAAUUUUUUAAAAAAUAUUUCAUUGAUACGCAUCUCUGCGGGUCCUCAUUCAUGUUGUGAAUUUUUGCAGCAAGCAGUCAACAUUCCACAAACGAACAAACAUUAUACCUCUUCUGAUAGUUUUAUUAAGCAUGGAGAAAUUGCCAAUUUUUAAAAACUGCAGUUUUCCAAACUUUUCUGCCAACCUCUUACUCUGAAUUCAGUGCUGCUUUGGGACACAUACUUGACCUAGCUUGGUUUACCAGUGAUGGAAAAGUAUUUUGAUAUCAUUAACUUUUUCAAAAGAUCCAACUUUUUCUCUAUGCCUUUGCCACAUUCUCUUCAGGGUCUCUUUCCACAGUGGAUGAGUAUUUUAUCUGUAUUAUGACAGUAUUGUUGGGAUGGCCAUCUGCUGGAAACUCCUGAAGAGCUUUAUGUGUUACAGUGAGCAGUUGUAUUGCCUGUUUGGUGCCCAGUGGUUAAGUCAUUGUCACUUAGCUUGAUAUUGUCAGUUUGAUAUUUAUUUUAAAUUGUGGAACUAGAUGCAUACAUUCACAUUUCUGCCUUUCCUUUGCAUCUUCCAAUAUAUAUUGUGUGUGGGGGGUUUUUUUUUCCUAGAAAAAUAUUUAAAGCAUUGUUUGACAGGUAGAAACUCAUGUAUCUGGUAGUCCAUGAGUUAUAUCCUGGCUCAGUGGAGUGAUAUUUAUGUAUUAUUUUUACUUUUCUCUCAGUGUCUUAUAUUAAGAUAAAUAUGUUGUUAAUAGUUGCUUUGUUGGUUAAUCUCUCUUGUUGGUGUUUUAAUACAUGAAAUAGGCUUGCCUUUAGAUCGGGUGCUGAUAUUACCUGUUUCCUAGUAAUCGACUGAGCAAAUGGUCAGCAGAAUUCUUGGUUUGAUGAUAAGCUUAUUAAUUGAAAUUUUUUACUGAUGGGGCUUUAAAAGAGGUUUAUUUUGUGUAUGUUUAGAACUCUGAUUUUGAUGAAUUAUAUGGGAACGAGAAACAGAAGAAGUGGUAUUUGCUGGUGAGUUAAAUAGGCAAGGUACCCAGUGAUAACACCAACCAAACCACUCCUAUCUGCAUGAUUCUGAACAUCUGGUUGCCUGUUGUUUUACUGUGUAUAUUUUAUUUUUAAUAUAUUAACUUUGUGGAUUCAUCUAAGGUCUGCUCAAAAGUAACACUGUCAAAACCACUAAUAUGUAUGUAAAAAUUGUGCUGUAUACUACAAUAAAGUUGUUACUUGGAUUUGUUCCA